ACCUCUGGCUCAGGGAGAGAGGGCCUCAUUCUUUCCCUCAGGAGAAAAAGAGUCGUGGUCCUGGCGAUCAUAAAGGCGUCGAGAGAGAGGCCGACAGUCUGACAGCCUUCCGCAACCCGCGUGACUGUAUUGGUAAUGUCGGGGUGGGCGCAUUUUUUGGAGCUAGAGGAAACCCUGCUCCCCCCACCCCUGCUCCUUGGUUCCUUCCACCCGGCAGUCUUUGGGGGACGUUGGGUGAGCCCAUUUCUGGGGCGCGGGGGAGCGGCGCUUGGCCCCUUCGGCGAUGGGUGGAGCCUAGGCCUGGGAGAGGAGGCCUGGGAGAGGAGUCCUGUCCCGGAGCACCCCGCCUGGAGAGGAGAGUUGGCGAGAAUUUCGGUGAUACUGCCGUUUAUCCCUUCCACCUUUUAGCGGGUCUGUCUGCUACCCGCUAUGCCGCUGCCCGUUGCGUUGCAGACCCGCUUGGCCAAGAGAGGCAUCCUCAAACAUCUCGAGCCCGAACCAGAGGAAGAGAUCAUUGCCGAGGACUAUGAUGAUGAUCCAGUGGACUAUGAGGCCACCCGGUUGGAGGGCCUGCCACCAAGCUGGUACAAGGUGUUUGACCCUUCCUGCGGGCUCCCUUACUACUGGAACGUGGACACAGACCUUGUGUCCUGGCUCUCCCCCCAUGACCCCAACUCCGUCGUUACCAAAUCUGCCAAGAAGCUCAGGAGCAAUAACGCAGAUGCUGAGGAGAAACUGGAUCGGAGCCACGAGAAAUCGGAAAGGGGCCAUGAGAAAUCAGAACGCAGCCACGAGAAGUCAGAACGCGGCCACGAGAAGUCGGAGCGCGGCCACGAGAAGUCUGACAGGGACCGGGAGCGUGGUUAUGACAAAGUAGACAGAGAGAGAGAGCGGGACCGGGACCGGGACCGGGACCGAGGGUACGACAAGGCGGACCGAGAAGAGGGCAAAGAACGGCGCCACCAUCGCCGGGAGGAGCUGGCUCCCUACCCCAAGAGCAAGAAGGCGGCAAGCCGGAAAGAUGAAGAAUUGGACCCCAUGGACCCCAGCUCGUACUCAGACGCACCCCGGGGCACGUGGUCAACAGGACUCCCCAAGCGGAACGAGGCCAAGACGGGUGCUGACACCACAGCAGCGGGGCCCCUCUUCCAGCAGCGCCCCUACCCGUCACCCGGGGCCGUGCUCCGGGCCAAUGCCGAGGCCUCCCGAACCAAGCAGCAGGACUGAACCUUCCCUGCCCCUCCCUGCACCUGCCCCCCCCCCCAGAGGCGGAGUGUGGGGGGGUAAUAAAAGCUUUUCAGUGGAUCGUG